AGAACAUGUGGCUCGAGUGCUCAGCUUUGCGCUUCAAGGCGGCGAGCAGUACGAGCAGGGCCACCCCGAUGCCGAGUGCAACCAGUAGCGCCACGCCAGCAGCAAUGAGGGCGAACGCGCUUCCAAACAGUCUCUGGCGCGACCGGCUGCACCUAGAAUUGAGAAUGCGCAAGGUGCUCCCGCAGGCGAUGAGUUUUCUGGUGAUCAUCAUUCUGUUCCUGCUCAAUCUGGCGAUGGAGCGGCCUGUGGGCGCUAUGAAUGAAAUCAAAGAAAACUUCAGGUUCCACUUCAACCUUGAUAGUGUCCAUGAGGUGAAUAACUUCCAGGGGAUGUAUAGCUUUCUGUACGAGUUCUUGGAGGCAGAGAACGUUUCGAUCCGCUCGACGUGGACAAGUACGUCGAACGUGAGUACGACACGCCAGAUUUCACGACCGAGACAGAGAUGUCGGCGGAUUUGACCAAACUCAAGCGAUUUACGGCAGUGAGUGCAGUCGUCGUCAGGCCACAAAUUUGGAUGACGCGGCGAGAGAACAGAGAUUGCACAGGCUUCGCGACAAUGUACGAUCGAAUCUACAGCUUGUCAAGGUGGGCACGGCGACGAUCUGCGGUUUAAGUACAGAGGCGACGCAAUCGCUGGUGCAUGGCAGCCCACGGGCGUCGUCUUCAGGAGUGCAGAGGAUGUGCCAUUCGAGCCCAUUGGCCUGCGGUCCCUGCAGUCGUCUGUUCCGUCAAACCCACCACCACCAGAGUCACAGUAUACGAGCCCGAAUGAAGGGCGCUCGGUGUUACUGAGUUGCAAGAGCAGUACAGCGCGGAACCGAACGAUGCGCAAUGUUUUGAAAACGAAGUUCAAUAAUGUAGAGCUUGUGGACGGCGACAGGACUUUUUUCGGCGAUUUCCACGCGGACAAAGUUGACAUUCUGGCCUACAUGGGCUACAAUGUUUAUGCCAAUGCUGUCAACCUGACAACUCACCCUAGGUGCUUCAUGACGAGCAAGCGUAAUGAGCAAAAUCAGAUAGAGUGGUCUCUUGACGAAGACGGGAAUGUUGACAGGCACGGGGAGAAAGUGACUGUGAGUGAUGUCGACGAGCGUUGUGAAAGGUCAGCGGAUACAUGGCAUGAUGUGCAGACCGACAGGAUCAGAGCACAACUCUUUCUGUACACUCCCAGUCACGAGCUUUUCACGAGGAUCCUGGUCGAGUGGCACAUUGAGAUGUCGGGGAAAUUCACCCCCGCAUUCCAUGUUGAAAGCUUCCAAGAACUCAAGAGCACUGAUCGGUACACUGCUUGGAUUUCUUUGACACUAGUGCAGGUGGGUUUGGGUGUGUUGCAGUUCGUCUUGAUUAUACGCCGGGUGGUCAUCGAAAUCCGCGAACGAAGGCUGUAUCCGCGUGCAUUGGCGUGCACCAGCUCUGAGAACAUCGCAAUUUCAUGUGGGCUUCUUCUGCAGAUCGGGUUCAUGGUAUUCUACAUCACAAGGAUUGCACAGGAGAUGGAUGGGGGAAACUUGUGGCCAUUGAUUGAACAAGUCUUAUCAAUCAACCCUUACGCAAGCGAGGAGGCUGCGAUGAAUUUCAUGUUGAGUCAGAACGCACUUGUUGACCGUGCCCAGUCUUUCCAACAUCAUCGGGUAACGGGGUUUGCGUUAGUUUUCGUAUCUUUCCUGCAGAUUGUAGAUUACAUGAGCGUGCACCCUCAGUUAGGCGUGAUCCCAAACACCUUGUCAUUGAUCGUCGCCCAGCUGAUCAACUGGAUAGGCAUCUUCGUGGUUGUUUUUUUGAUGUUGGUCAUGUUGGGCCAUUGGGCGUUCGGAGAGCAGGUCGACGACUUUUCUUCUGUGUCUAAGACUUUGAUCCUAAGUGGCAACCUCGCCCUUGGCAAUUUUGAUUUUGCGGUGCUCGCGUCCGAAAUACACGAGACGGCCGAUAUUGUGCUCCUGGUUGUGUGGGAGUCCGCCACGUUGGCUUCAGUCUUCCUGGUGCUCCUCAACUUCUUGCUUGCAAUUGUCGUGGAUGGGUAUUCGGUGGUGAAGGUUAGCAGUGAAUGCUGUGCGGCGAAUGGGUUCCUGAUCGACCUGUUCAAGUUUGGCAAGGUCCAGUACAUGUACAGCAGGCGUGGUUGGCCGAAGAGGGCGUUCCUUCUCCAGCAUUUGAUGGAACUGCCCGACCAGGUGACCGUUGAAGACAUCCACAGAACCGGCGCUUUCCGCCAGGACGGGGAUGGAUCUGAUGGAACGUCAGAGUGCCAGGUUUGCGGCGUUGCGUGCCAGGACGGGUGCGGCGCCGUGCGCCAGGAUGGGGACGGAUCUCACGGAGCGUCGGAGUGCCAGGCCUUCUUUGACGCCUACCGCGAGGUACUCAACGAGCUCCCAGGGGCGAGGAAGCUCGCGACGCGGAGGGCGGCCAAAGACAUGGAGCACAGGGCCAGGGAUGCGGACCUCAGGAACUCCGUGCUCGCAAGGAUUGAUCAGCUUGCACGGCAGCUCGGGCGCGACGCCCCGCCUUCGGGGGAGGGCGGCUCCCACCUCAUCGUGCCUCCUGGUGAUCCUGGUCUCGCCUGAUCCUCACGGGCCGAGCUCCCGCCUGAGCCUUGCGAGGGGUUUCCUGAUCUGAGCCGGAUCCCUGCCUCACGUCCUGUUCGCGGCAUCAUGCAAGCACUGAGCCUUGGGCGCCUCCAGCGUCACACCGACUCAGUCUCACCCCCGUUGCCGCCGGGAGCGCCAGGCUGGGAGUCUCGACGAACGCCGAGCCACUCGCUGCCUACAAGUGUGCUCCGCGGCUGGUCUGCUGGACGCCCCUCCCUGCUCCCCUCGUCUCCUUCCUAUCGACCUCCUCCCUCUCUCCCCUGAAAGCCGGUGUAACUUUUCGGUCUUUGCCCCCGCGGCCACUGGGCACAGCCAGGACACCCUGCGGCACCGGCUUGCAGCGUUUCCAGUCCUCUGGCUCCUCAUGACCCCUUCCAGCCCUCUGGUCCUCUGGUCCUCUGGCCCUCUGGUCCCUCCCCAGACCCCCGACGCAUUUUCAAACACGGCCCUGUCUCCAGCGAUUGUGGCUGCAGAUGUUAUGCCUGCUUGCGUUUUGUUGUGAUGCUACGCUGAGCCAGCCGCGGCCCCAGUAGGGGACUUGCACUGUGCUCGAUGUCUGCUCAUGGGAGCCUUGGGCGGCGACAUUGCAAUCCGCGUUUCCUGCAUCUGGACCGCGCAGGGGCCGCAUUUGGCCCAUCCUCCUGCUCCUCCUCUCCCCUCCUGUUCCCCCUUGUCCUCCUCGUUCUU